CUGGCUGCACCGAAACCUGAAACCUGAAACUUUAAAUCUUUGGGUCUCUCGAUCACUUAGAAACCCGCGCCAUCGAUGGAUCCUCAAGCUGAGCCAGUUAGCUACAUCUGCGGAGAUUGUGGUAUGGAGAAUACGCUGAAACCAGGUGAUGUUAUACAGUGCAGAGAGUGCGGUUACUGUAUCCUUUACAAGAAGCGCACUCGUCGUAUUGUCCAAUAUGAGGCACAUUGAUGAAAACUGCUGUGGUGUUGUCAAGUAUUUUCCAAUGCAACCGUGAUAGACUUGUAAUGAAAUUGUGUUGUGAAUGUGCUGUUUUGUUUUAGUGAAGUCUUAUGAAACUGAAAUUUAACCAUCAAUGAUCCUUCUGACUCUUGAACUAUUAAAAUGAU